CAAAUUAAACUUGUUGUUAUUUAAAAUGUGAUUAUUUUCCUUACUGACAAUACUGGAGUAAUAUUAGUAAAUUGUUUCUUAAAAAUAAAAAAAUGACUGAAACUACAGACAUGACCGUAAUCCUAGAUAAAAAUCUAGAAGAUUUAGAAAUUCAAGAAGUACUUAAAAAUGGAACUGAUUUAAGGGAAUACGCUUUACAUAUCGAUAAGAGUAUAAAAGAAGCAGAAAAAAAUUCUGUAGCUGAUUAUUUAAAAGAAAGCGAGAAUAUUGCAUCACUUCACAAUCAAAUUGAAGAUUGUGAUUCGAUUCUGGAAAAAAUGGAGAGUAUGUUAUUAGUUUUUCAGAACGAUUUGGGAAGUAUAAGUAAUGAAAUAAUAAGCUUACAGAAACGUUCUGUAAAUAUGUCUGUUCAACUUUCUAAUCGACAAGCUCUUAAAGGUCCACUAUCAUCAUUUAUAGAAGAUAUGGCGGUCUCUGAAACACUUAUUUUUGGCAUCAACAAUGUUCCUGUUGUUGAUAAAGAAUUUAUGAUUCAGUUAGCUAUUUUAAAUCAGAAGUUAAAUUUUGUUAAAGAACAAGACUUUAAAGAAACUAAGGCCUGUCAUGAUGUGAAAGAUGUUUUAGAAAAACUAAAAAUAAAAGCAGUAUCCAAGAUUAGAACCUACAUCCUAGAACAAAUAUAUAAGUUUAGGAAACCAAUGGCCAAUUAUCAAAUACCUCAGAAUGCUAUGUUGAAAUAUAAAUUUUUCUUUGAAUUUAUAUUAGCAAAUGAACGGAAUGUAGCACAAGAAAUUUGUAACGAAUAUAUUGAUACUUUGAGCAAAGUUUACUAUUCAUAUUUCAAAUCUUAUGCAUCCCGGUUAGACAAGUUGAAAUAUGAAGAAGUACCUACUAAGGAUGAUUUAAUGGGAAUUGAAGAUGGUUCAAAGGGAGGAUUCUUUCAAAAGUCCAACUUAAAAAACAAAAGUACUAUAUUCACAAUUGGCAACAGAGGAGAUGUUCUGGCCCAACAGCUAGAGGCCCCAAUAAUUGUACCUCAUGUACAACAAAAAACCAAGUAUUCAUAUGAGGCAUUGUUUAGAAGUCUACAAUAUGCUCUAGUAGACAACAGUUGCAGAGAGUAUUUGUUUACUACAGAAUUCUUUCAUGUUAAAGGAAGCCAUGCGCAGGAGUUAUUUGACAGAAUACUUGGAAAAACACUUUCUUUGCUUGUAAAAAAUGUCGAAAGCUAUGUUCUAGAAUGCUAUGAUUGUCUUGCACUGUUCCUGUGUAUACAACUCAUAAACAGAUAUCGCUGGAUGUGCCACAAAAGAGCAGUGGCAGCAUUGGACAGUUACUGGGAUUCAUUAUUAUCAUCAUUGUGGCCGAGAUUGGAAUUUGUAUUAAAAUUAAAUAUCCAAAGUGUUAGAGAUUGUGACCCAGCCAAAUUAUCCAACAAAGAAAUGGGACCACAUUAUAUCACACGGAGGUAUGCAGAAUUUUCAGCAGCAAUGCUUAGCUUGAGCGAACAGUUUCCUUCUGAGGAGCUCAGCAAUUUACUUUUGGUUUUGCAAGAUGAAGUCCAUUGCUUCUUACUGAAAAUGGCAGCUGAAUUUCCACAACGUAUACAACAACUGAUAUUCCUAAUUAAUAAUUACGACAUGGUCUUAAGCAUAUUAAUGGAAAGAACAAGGGAUAAUACAAAAGAAGCUGAAAGUUUUAGAGAACAAUUACAAGCCAGAAGUUCUGAGUAUGUUGAAGAAAUACUUAGUCCACAUUUUGGAGGUCUCAUGCAGUUUGUUAAAGAAGGCGAACAGUUACAGGAAAGCGGUAAAAAAAGUGAACUGACAAAUUUAGAAAAGAAGUCUUUAUCACUAGUCGCUUCUUUCACAUCAAGUUGGAAACAAAGUCUUGAAGAGAUACACAGAGAAGUACUCGUAUCAUUCCCAAACCUCGUAACUGGGUCAGGUUUACUACAAAUGGCUCUCACUAACUUUGUACAGUAUUAUCAUAAGUUCGUUAAACUAUUAACGCCUAAUGCUCGAACUCAACUUGUCAAUAUACAUGUUAUUAUGGUAGAAAUUAAGAAAUACAAGACAAAUUAUUAACUGAAUUAAAUAUAUAAUCCUGCAUUAAAAAAUGUCAAA